AAAAAAAAAAUGUCAACAUCACUGUGCAUUGCACCACGGAAACAACAAACAACCACCGAAAACGUCGCUUGUUUUUCCUCCGUUUACAAAAAAAUGAGCCCACUUCGGCACUGACCUCGAGGUAGAACUUUAUGUCAGCCGUCCAUUCCUCCGUCUGUCACCGCACAGGAUGGCUGUGUCGACCAGUGGCCUCGUACACAGCCUGGCCACACUUCUCCGGAAUGAUGGAGACUUGGUGCUGGAUGGCAGCAGUACGCUGACCUUGUCGGCGGCCAGCUUGCAGCAGCUCACCAGGCUGUUUGAGCAGUACUUGCUGUCCAGGAGCCAGCAGCAUGGCUUCCUCGCACUGCCCUCCCACCCUGCCGACACCGCUUCCCUGCUCCAGCUGCAGUUCCUGUUUGACGUCCUGCAGAAGACCAUCUCCCUCAAGCUCAUCAACCCACCAGGGGACAGACUUCAGUCCGUGGUGAAAAUCUUCCCGUUCAAGUCUUUGAAGGGUUUGGAGCUGAAGCGAAUCCCUCCACACUGUCUAGAGGGACUCAGAGGGGUUUACUCCCAGUUGGAGGUCUUCACGUGUUCAAAGAGCCUCAGUUCCCUGGAGGAGCUGCUCUCCCUGUGUGGAGGGGAUCUGAGCUCUGCACUGCCUUGGCUGGAACUGCACACCCUCAACUUCAGCUACAACUCCAUUGUCUGCCUUGACCAGUCACUAAGUUUACUGAACGUCCUGAAGUCUUUAGAUUUAAGCCAUAACAAGAUUCGGGAGUGUGCUGAAUUUCUAAAGCCCUUGAGUGAACUGGAGCACUUGAACCUGGGCUACAACUGCCUGCAGAGGGCGCCAACGCUGGGCCUGAGUGCCAGGGCCAAACUCCUCACACUCAACCUCAGAAACAAUGAACUGGAGACUAUAAACGGUGUUGAGCAGUUGUCUUCGCUCCAGCACUUAGACCUGGCCUACAACCUCCUGCUGGAGCACUCCCAGCUGGCUCCUCUCUCCCUGCUGCACUGCCUCAACACACUGAACUUGGAGGGGAACCCGCUGUACUUCCAGAAGACCCACCGCAACUGCACCGUCCGACAUCUCUCCCCAAAGGCUGCAAACCUUAGACUCAAACUUGAUGGCACCCGGCUGUCCUCGUCUGAGUUAUCAGUUUUGCCAAAACCAGGCCAGCUGAUCGUGCAGGUACAGACUUCACAUCCAGUUGUCAUGCCACCAGAACGGAGCAACCAGGAAGUGUCCAGCGGUGCUGGGGAGCUUAGUGAUAGUGUGUCAGCUGCAGAAGUGGGAGUGUCACACAUUCGGAAGAAGAAAUCCAGAAGUAAGGUGAAAGUGCGGCGGGCCAGCAUAUCCGAGCCCAGUGAUACGGAUUACGAGCCCAGGCUGAUUUCCUCCACAGAGGGCAUUGUCCUUCCCCACCAGCACGAGAUUGAGCGCAUGUCCAGCUUUAGAGAGCAGCUUGGUGAGGACUGGCUGAGGUACCAGCAUCAUCUAGAUAGAGCCUCUCCCUCUACCAUCACCACUGCCAUCAACACCAACCAGCCAACUCCUCACCACCCGCCCCUCUCCAACGGCCACAGCUCCACCCUGCAUCCGUCCGCCAGCCCUGGGCAUCAGCCGUCUCCACCAUCCCUGAAAGUCCCAGAGGUCCUCCCCCCGCCGCUCCUCUCAUCAGAACCCAGGUUAGAGACGUCCAACCUGGAUGAAGACCAGGAAACAGAGUCUACUCUACAGUGGCUCGGUCACAGCUCUUGCUUCACGGAGUCCACCUUGGAGGACGGCCCGGUGGCAGGCCAGGGAGAGGUGAGCUCACCUGGGCCGAGUCCGGAGUCCCAGAGGUCGGCUAGAGUGGAGAGCACAGACACCAAGGAGGAAGAAGAGGAGGAGGAUCUGGGAGUGGACUUGUGUCACCCCCUACUUGUGGGUGUCUUAUCCGACAAAGAGGAAGAAGACGGCGAGGGCCAGGGGGAGAGGAGGACGAGGAGGAAAGAGGUGUUCCUGUGCAUCAAACAGGGCCUGGUGCUGGAGGUGGACACGCAGCGCGGCCAGGAGAGAUGCCGCCUGGAGCUCGGCAGCCUGGCUCGGGUGGAGACCACAGUGGCUGCCUGGACCCGAGGGGAGACAGAAGAGAUGCUUCCAGCGGUCGAGCUUCAGUUCGACUACAUCAGCAGGGAGAAAAGGAGGAGAUGCUACGUGCUGCUUGACGAUGAUCCACAGCAGGCACUGCAGGCUCUGACUGACGUGCUGUCACAUGUGGCUGAGGAGAACCAGCGGCGUGACUCAGAGUUCUGCACCAGUUGCAUUCGUCUGCAGUGCCUUCGCUGCAGGUCAGAGUUCACGCUUCAGGGAGAGGGCGGUGGGGAAGAGGCGGAGGGGAGAGCGCGGAGGAGAGGGGCUGCAAUGCUACCAGGGGAAGAAGAACAAGAUGAAGAGGAGCUGAGAGAGUGUGAUAAUGACAGCAAAGGAAAUAGUCAUAUUUGUCCAGAUUGUGGUAGCGAUCAUGUGGUCCAGCUGGCUGGCCAGUCAACUCCCUACAGCAGUACGCCCAUCCGUCACUCAUCAAGGCCGGAGAGUGAGGACGAUCAUCUCGAUAUAACCCCGAGCACUCGUAGUGCCAAUAAGCAGGAUGAUUACACAGAUGCCAGUAUUAGCAGUAGUCCUAUCCUCAAAGCCUCCACCACUACAGAAGAUCCCACCUUCAUUACUGCCCAGGGAAGCUCUUUCUUCAUUGGGGAAGGCCAAGCUGACACCUCCAGCCUCUCCUACAACACAGACUGCCAAAGUAAAGAGGAUCUGGCUGGAAGCUACCACUACGCAGCUACAGGUGCUACGCCACCUGAAGUCCAAGCCCAACCUGCGGGAAGAUCCACCCCCAAUGAUGAUUUGGACCUACUGUCUGAGGACUAUGAGGCGGUGGACCAUCGUCUACAGCUUUUCCUGGAUGUGGAGGUCUUCGAGGAGGAAGAGGAGCUUCACUCUUUCCUCAAGAUGUCCGCUGUCAAAUUUGGGGAGCCAGGGGAGGUUCCCUCUCUGUUGGUGGUGACAAAUCAGCAACUCUAUUUCUUGGAAAUGACAUCAGAAACCCACACAGGCCAGCUCUCUGAUUGGCUACAGAAGCGGGACAGCCACCCAAUCGUGGAGCUCAGCUACCUGGAGGUGGGGCUAGGCUCUCAGAGCAUCCACAUGGAGUUUGGAGACGGCGGUGUGGCCUACACUCUUCUCGUGAGGGACAGUUUACGCUGCAAGCGCUUCUUUGGCCUGUUGACAGGAACUGUGCGUGAGAUGGCCCACAAAUCAGACAGCAAGUUGAAGUCCAUCUCUACCACAAGACUCAACCCUCAGCACCAUCUCUGGCCUCUAGUGUGUGAAGACAUCCAGGCAGAUGUGGAGGAUGGCCAGCUGCAGUUUUUCUACAUUCUGGCUUUUGUCCUGCAAGAGGAUAUUUGGACGCCCUUGACAGUCCUGUCAACUCGGGAAACCCUGUACCUGCUCAGAGAGGAUCACCAGUGGAGGAAAAGCUUCAACAGUCUGACAGUGAAUGAAAACAAAGAACCGAACAGCGGGAGUGUCACCAUUUUAGAAACGCUGCCAAUCAGCUGCGUGAGCUCAGUCCACCUUUGGCCUUCAGAUCAGUGCAGGAUGGAUAUUCAGCUUUAUGAUGAGACUGUGAAACAGGAGAAGACGUGGUGUGUGCGCUCAGAGAGCACGGAGCUCCUCCAGGGUCUGCUGGCCUGGGUCAGAGCACAGUGGGAGGCCAUGUUCGGAGUAAAACUGCACACAAGCCUGCAAGACAAAGCAGAAUAAUGGGAAUUGGGGGAGGGCAUAAAAACGGGAAAAAAAAGUUCCAGACUCUCUGUGUGUGUGUGUGUGUGUGUGUGUGUGUGUGUGUUUGUGUGCUUCUGUGUGUUUUAUUAGCAUGAAUCUGAGUGUUGGUACUGGGAGAUGUUUGUCUUUAUUUUCUCUCCACACAGUCUGCACUCAGUCUGGUCCCAUUACGCUCGUUGCUUUCAUUGUCUUUUAGGCAAAGAACGUUGAAUUGAUUGCACUCAUUCAUGUGGCACCACAAGCCUGUAAAAGCACCAGUUGCAUCAUUUUUCCCUCCAGAUACCAAGGUUUACGUGCUCAAAUGGAGUGUGCCUUGUUUCUUUUGCGGCUCCCAUGUCUCGUGUUCAAACGCACUUUAAUGCGUCUCAUGGUGUUCUUCGAGCGCUGUAGCAUGGAGCCAACGUGGAGCAGAUUUGGGUUUGCGGAACAAAAAGAGCAUUAAGUUGCAGAGAGGAAAUUUUUUAAGACGGGUAAUGCAAGGAGCUGAGCCUAAAAUAUUUCGCCCCCCCCCUCGUUAAGCUCGUCGGAGUCCUUUCUCACAUCUUAGGGUGCAGUGGGUUGUGACAUCACAUGCUCAGCAUAAGGCAGGGGGUGGGGCUCUGUAAGGCCAGGGGUCACCUCACACCUUCCCCCCCCCCCAAUUAGGGUCUUAUGAUGUGUCUCUGCAGUGUGUCACAUGAACGGAAAAGAAUACCAGGAGUGCAAAUCUGCAGAAAUUGGGUAAACAGUGGCGGUUGUUUUCUUUAACACUUGGGAACAGAUGUUUACUUUGUUUACUUUGUUGAUUUGUAACCUGGGUCAAAGCUGUCAUCAUUUGAUGUGUCUCAUAACUCUUUCUGUUCACUGCUGCAGCCAUGUGUAUUGUGUAUGUAGCCAUCUGUACAUUGAUCAAACUGUUGAUAUAGAUUAACCAGUAUAACUUAAUAUAUUUCCUUUGUUAGCAUUUUUCAUUAUGGCUUCAUGAAAAAAAAGUAUUUUAUUUUUAUAUAAAAAAGGAAAAGUACCUCUGAUAUACGAUGUGUGUAAUUGAAUAUAAAAGUAAUGUGUACACUUGUG